AUGGCAUCUGCUCAAGAUUCCAGAUAUGGCCAGAAAGACACGUCUGACCAGAACUUUGAUUACAUGUUCAAAUUGCUCAUCAUUGGUAAUAGCAGUGUCGGGAAAACCUCCUUUUUGUUCCGUUAUGCUGACGAUUCCUUUACAUCUGCAUUCGUAAGCACGGUCGGGAUCGAUUUCAAAGUCAAAACGGUUUUCAAAAAUGAAAAGAGGAUUAAACUACAGAUUUGGGACACGGCAGGUCAGGAGAGAUAUAGGACAAUUACCACAGCCUAUUACCGGGGUGCAAUGGGCUUCAUUUUAAUGUAUGACAUCACGAAUGAAGAAUCCUUCAAUGCUGUGCAAGACUGGUCAACUCAAAUCAAAACAUAUUCGUGGGAUAAUGCCCAGGUUAUUUUGGUCGGUAAUAAAUGUGACAUGGAGGACGAGCGGGUAAUCUCCACUGAGAGAGGCAAACAUUUAGCAGAGCAACUUGGUUUUGAAUUUUUUGAAACAAGUGCCAAGGACAACAUAAAUGUCAAGCAGACAUUCGAGCGGCUCGUAGAUAUCAUCUGCGACAAAAUGUCAGAAAGUCUGGAGACGGAUCCUGCCAUCGCUGCUGGAAAACAGAACACAAGGCUAAAGGACACCCCUCCUCCACAGCAACCCAACUGUGGCUGUUAA